AUGUAUUUACAUAGAUUGAUAAAGCAUUUGCUGUUUAUCGUCCUCAUUCUGGUAGGCUGCGCAACAGCAGGACUAUUAUCAUAUGGAAAAGACGGCCUAUGCGAUGAUCUGCAUAAUCAUCAUGCACAUCAUCAUAAAUUGUCAGUCGCGAAUUCAUUUAUGCAUUUUCACGGACCGGUGGAAGGGCCGGUGUACGAGGUAAAAGUACCGUACGUUGAUCCUCGCCACUAUUUACCUCACGACGAACACAAUAAACUUACUCACAAUCAAGAGCACGAUGAUUACGUGAUGGACUACAUCGCUCAUCCCAAGUACGAGUUCUCCUAUAGUAUUGAAGAUCAUGAAACUGGUGACUUUCACAGUCAGAAAGAGUCGCGGGAUGGAAGCAAUGUAUCUGGCGAGUAUAGUAUGAUGGAACCAGGUGGUAAUGUCCGCGUAGUGAGUUAUAAAGCGGAUCAGGAUGGGUUUCGUGCAGUAGUCCACACCUCUGUUAAGAAGGGUCACUCGCAUAAUACGUUUCCUACAUGGAACUACAAUGAACAAAUUUAUCAUAGCCAAGCAUCAUCACCGAAAUUGGAAAAAACUCAUACACUUAAGACAUAUAGCGACGAGAGCAAAAACAUUCAUCAACUGCAGCACGAAAAAUAUCGAUCUGAAGUUUCAGUAAAUGGAGAAAUGAGUUCCUAUUGAUAUUGAAUAUUGUUUAAAUAAAG